AUGAACUCAUCUCUGUCCCACUUUCUUCUAGGCGUGUAUCUACCACUGGGGAAUUUUCGUUACUUUCUUGUGGUGCUAACAGCUGCUCUGUAUCUGCUGAUCUUAUUCUUGAACUCUUUCCUCAUUACAGUGAUCAGUUUGAGGCCAAGUCUGCAUGAGCCAACACAACUUUUCCUGUGUAAUUUAUUCCUCAAUGAAAUCUACGGCAGCACUGGCCUCUUCAUCUUCCUUCUACAUCAAACCCUUAAAGAUGUCCACACUGUUACUGUUACCCACUGUUUUCUCCAAAUAUUUUGUCACUACACUUACGCCACCGUGGAGAUAUUGAACCUUGCUGUCAUGUCUUAUGAUCGCUAUGUGGCCAUCUGCCGCCCCCUACAGUACAGAACCAUCAUGACCCUGAACAAAGCUGCUCUGUUUGCUGUUCUCAUUUGGAUCUACUCCUUCAUACGGUGUUUCAUUACUAUUUCACUAACCUUGCGACUUACUCUUUGUGGUAACUUUAUUGACAAUUUGUUUUGCCACAACUACCUGAUUGUGCGUUUGGCGUGCUCUGACACACAGCUGAAUAACAUUUAUGGAUUCUUUGCUACAGCCUCAACCUUGCUGUUGCCGCUUAUGCCUAUUUUGUUCUCAUACGCUCACAUACUGAGAGUGGCUCUGAGUUGCCCCCAAAAAGGACGGAAAGCUGUUCAUACUUGUAUACCUCACAUUGUUUCACUGCUAAACUUUGCUCUGGGCUCAUUUCUUGACAUACUCCAGACACGAUUUAAUUUGAGUACUGCUCCUGUUGUUAUCCGCAUCGUUUUCCCACUUUACUUCUACGUGCUACAGCCUAUUCUCAACCCCAUUAUGUACGGCAUGAAGACGAGCGCCAUACAAACAGCGUGCAAAGAUUCCAUCAAGAUUAAGAAGAUAAUCCAAAACAGGUUGGCGAUCUGUGAGGCAGAGGGGCUGUCCAACCAACGUUCCCAGGACACGGGCCUCCACCGUGCACCUCUACCUCCAGAGCAUGCCAUCUACCCUUUGUCAACAUCUCCAUAG